UGUUUUUUUCCAAUAGGAAAAGAAAAAGAAAGAUGAUUACAUGCUUGGGGCAGUGCCGAAAAGUGGGAUUUUAGUGGAUGACUACUAAGGUAAGGUUGUGAUGGGAAAUGUUCAGAAAUGAUAUGGGGUUAAAUGUGCUGAAUGAUUAUGCAUACCCUAUAAGUGAGCCCCUAUUUCAUGGAAUCUAAUUUUAAUUUCAUUCUUCCUUAUAAAUCAAACCAGCAAAACAAUUUACAUGUUCAUAUUUUUAUUUUAUUUUUUUAAUUAUUUUUCAUAAAAAUAAAGAAGAAGAAUAAGAUAAAAAAGAAAAUAUGUUUUUUUUUCAUUUUAAUCUUUUUUAAUUAAACUUCCUAAUUUUAGAAUUUAUGGCAAAGCUAUGACUUUGGAACAGGAACAGGAGACUUUUGUCUGGUGUGACAUCAUUGUAAGGUACAAUGAUUCACUCUUUUUUUUUUUCUUACAUCUCCUAAAAGUAGUAAUUCAAAAAUAAACCCCAAAAAUAAAUGUGACUGCAAAUCCUUACAAAUUUUCAUUUUCGACAUGAUCGUAAUCUAACGUUGUUGUAGUAACAAUAAUGUGAUGCCCCCAUCGCUUUCACUUCUCAUUAGCCUCCCUCUCUUUACCUUUUUCUUCAUUCACUUUCUCUUUGUCUCAUUUCCUUUUUCCCCAUUUUAUUCUACACAAUACUGCUCAAAACAGCUUAGGGUUUCUUUUGUUUUUCCUUGACGUAAAAUCCCCAGAUUUCUUCAUAAUCCAGUUCAGAUUGGGCUCUUUCUCAAGCCGGGAAAAGCCGAGUUUUAAGGAAUCCUAGUUCAAGAGGCUUAUUGGAGUUGAAAGUUGCUUAAGUGCAUUCUUGUUUACCAUUAUUAUUCCUCAAAAGAUGGGAAUGUGAUAUGCCUUAUGCUUUGGUUCAAGUCUAGGGUGGAUAACUGUGGGCUUCAAUAAUUUCUUUGGUUUAAUUUUGUUGAGAUUUGACCAUGCCUGGUUCCUGAUAAGAGUGUGGAGUUUCAUACUUUGAUGAAAAUCUUAAACUAGAUUACUGAACAACCUUAGUGUGCCAACAGAAAAUAGCUAAUACGGGUGCGCUUUGUUGUGUGGCCGCUGGGCCACAUGGAACAAAAUCACCCACUAACGGAAGGGACUGUUCCAUGGAUCGUAAUGAACCACAUUGGAGGACAAAUACUAGUUUUUCUCCUCCUCCAUUGAGGAUAUGGGACUGUAGGUUACACUCAGAUGGUUUGUCACAUGGGUCGCAUGCUGCUGGUUUACACGGUUCAUCGCUGUCUUCAAAUAGCAGAGGUAGCAGAAGCAAGGUAGGCAGUGAAGGGUACAUCAAUCAUCACCACUCUGUUUCUGAUGGUGCACUCUCUUAUUCUGGCAGUCCACCUUAUAAUGCUCAGGUGCCACGAUGGACUUCGCCCAUUCAAAGGUUCAAUCCAGAGGAGCUCCUUGGCUCUAAUGUUGGAGGACCUGUGCCCCAGACCUCUUGGUUCCCUCGCUCCACUGAGCGGCGAUAUGCUGUUAAAGCAGCUACAGGAUCCCCUAGCUUUGGAUCCCCUUCGUCCUUCUCUGAAUCUAGUCACUGGGAAUCCACUAGCAAGCAACCCUUCUCUUUUCCCAAUCGCAACUUCUCUGGUAGACGUUCUUACAUGACAAAAGCUGUUUAUCCUCUAGUGUUUCGCAACCCUGUCUCAGAUUCCGAAGGCUUUGGUGAUGCCGACAUUAACAGUAUUGGCAAGUUAACACCUAACGAGGAUCGCUUCUCACCAUUUCACUGGCAUGAAAACAGUUCUAGUGUUGAGCACAGGUUUCACAAAACACUUUCUGAACUUCAAAGGUCUGAAGCAUCACCAGACCCCAGUGCUAGCUCUAGAAGAGAAGGUUUUAGGUGGAGCAGUGCUAGCAGUUAUGAUCUAGGGUUAGAUGGAGAAAAGUUUGACAUUGCAGAGCAUGUUGAUGUAGAGAACCUGAGGUCCCCUAUUGGCCCUGUGGUAGACCACAAGUGUGGAGUCUGUGGAAAACUUUUGUGGCAGAAGUCACCCUGGAGUUCACAUCGAAUAAUUAGAGGUAGUGACAUGCCAACUGCUGGGAUUCUACCCUGCUGCCAUGUGUUCCACGCUGAAUGCUUAGAGCAAGUUACUCCGAAGUCCCAGAUUCAUGAUCCUCCAUGCCCAUUGUGCCUCAAAACCAUUGGACCACUAGAAGAAUCUGCAUCAGUUUCAGAACCUUUGCAAGUGGCUUUGAGAUCUUUACGAAGGAGCAGGGGUGCCAUGAUAUCUGAAGACCAGGAAGAUGAUGAAUUCUCAAAUCACAUCAAGGAAAAACUGAGAAGCAGGUCUCGGUCAGGCCCAAGAGGGAAUGACAACGGUUCUUCGAUAAAAAAUCGUCUUAAGAAGCAUUUUACUUUUAAAGGAAAAAGUAAAGAUAUAUUUAGCACAAAGGUAUUCCAGAGGAUUGGAUCAUCAUCUUCUUCUAGCAGGGAAGCAGUUCAACGUCAAGUAUCUAUUCCGUAGUUUAUGUAAUUCACUUGCAAAUAGAUAGAUUUAGCCAUUUUCUGGACUCUUGCUACUUUCAAUACAUUAUCUUUUCCUAUGGUCAUUCUCAGGUUAGUAGCAAGGACAUCUCGAAUAUCUUAUUGCUUGCUUAAGCACAUUAUGAGUUGCAAGCAAGUCUGAUAAGUUUGUUUCUAUUGUGUUGCUAAAAUGAGCUAUCAAUAUGAUUACACUGCAACAUACAGGUUUACUUUCCGUGCUUAAAUUGGAAAGUAUUCCAUUUUGUGUUCGUAGUGCAGAUGUAUGAAUGGUGGUGUUUGCUUUGAAA